AUGCGCUCCCCGCUGGGUUGUGACCCUCCUGGCCUUUCCUAUGACUGCCCGUCUGUGCGAAUCGUCCUUUGGGCCAACACAGUAGGAUUCCCUCUCCCAGAACUCAUUGCUUCCAUCCCCAGGAAGACCAAGAAGAAAAAGAAAGGUGGGGCAAUACCUGCCCAGAGGGCAUCCUUCAGUAUCUUCUCCAACUUUGAGCAGACCCAGAUCCAGGAGUUCAAAGAAGCCUUCACACUCAUGGCUCAGAACCGGGAUGGCUUCAUUGUCAAGGAGGACCUAAAGGACACAUUUGCUUCCUUGGGUAGAAUCAGUGACACAGAUGGCCAGCUGGAUGCCAUGCUCAAGGAGGUCCCAAGGCUCACCUUCACCAGGUUCCUGACCCUGUUUGGAGAGGAGCUCAAUGGUACAGGGACAGAGAAGACCAUCCUAAAUGCUUUCGAUAUGCUUGGCAUUGAUGGCAAAGGCAGCAUCCACAAGUAA